AUGGCACAAGCAUCAAGAAUUCCAGCACCUAGCUCUAGAAAGGGAGUUGGAAAACAAGUCAAGGGAUUACAAUCCUUUUUUCCACCGGCAGCAACACCUGGAGCUCAACCAAGUAUUAAAAGUGUUCUCCAAAGCAAAGAAAUUGUGGAGAAGUGUGAUAUUGCUAUUGCAAGAUGGAUGAUGGAUGCCUCUGUGCCAUUCAAUGCGGUUAAUUCAGCUUAUUAUCAGCCGAUGAUUGAUGCUAUUGCAAACAUGGGUGCAGGGUAUAAAGGGCCAAAUUACCAAAGAGUUCGUGGAUAUUUGUUGAGUAAAUUGGUUGAAGAUGUAAAGAAGAUGAUUGAAGUUUAUUGCCCUAAAGGAACUGUUUUCCUAAAGUCAGUUGAUGCUUCUCAUAUCUCGAAAACUGCUGAGGCUUUGUUUAAGUUGCUUAGGGAUGUUGUGUUAUUUGUUGGUCCUGAGAAUGUUGUACAUGUAGUGACGGAUAAUGCUGCAAAUUACGUUGCUGCUGGAAGGUUGUUGGAAUCGGAGUUUCCUAGAUUGUAUUGGUCUCCUUGUGCGGCACAUUGUAUUAAUCUGAUGUUGCAGGAUAUUGGGAAGUUUGUGGAAGUGACUGAAACUGUGUCACAAGCUUCAAUGAUUACGAAAUAUAUCUAUAAUCACUGCCAUCCUUUGUACUUGAUGAGGCAGUUCACAGGCGGCCGAGAAAUACUUCGUCCAGCUCCAACUCGAUUCGCCACUAAUUUCAUUGCUUUGCAAAGUAUUUUGGCUCAAAAGGAUGCAUUGAGAGCUAUGGUGACAUCUAGAGAAUGGACAAGUUCAGCUUACUCUAAAGAAGCCAAAGCAAAAAAGUUUGUGGAUCAAGUCUUAGAUUCUAAAUUUUGGAAUCAAUGCACUGAUAUUGUUAAGCUUACGGAGCCACUUGUUCAUGUAUUGCGUAUUGUGGAUAGUGAAGAUAGAGCUGCAAUGGGUUUCCUUUAUCAAGCUAUGUAUAAGGCUAGGGAAGACAUGGUGAAGAGGUUUCAAAAAAGAAAGAGGGUUGUUGAAUCUUAUUUGAAGAUUUUAGAUUCACGUUGGGAUUUACAACUUAAAAGAAACCUUCAUGCUGCUGGUUAUUGGUUAAAUCCAGCUUUUCGAUUUAAUUCUGCAGAAUUUGACAAGCACAAAGACACAAUUUUUGGCCUACUAGAUGUGAUUGAGAGGUAUGCUUACGGUGAUGCUGAUUUGAUUACUAAAUUGACAAAUGAGAAGAGAAUAUUUAAGAAUGCUGAAGGAGACUUUGGGAGACAGUCUGCAAUACGUGAGCGAAGCACUGUGAUGCCUGAUCAAUGGUGGGAAUCUUAUGGAUGUGGAGCACCAAACCUGCAAAAGUUAGCAAUUCGUGUUUUGAGUCAAACUUGCAGUUCUUCAGGUUGUGAGCGUAACUGGAGCAUUUUCGAACACAUUCACUCAAAGAAAAGGAAUCGGUUAGAGCAUCAAAAGCUUAAUGAUCUUGUUUAUGUUCAUUACAACUUAAGGCUACAACAAAGGAACCGAAUGAGAAAGCAAAGUUAUGAUCCAAUUUGUCUUGAUGCAUUUGAGGAUCAUUCGGAAUGGAUAAUGGAAGAUUCACCACCAUUUUUAACUCCUGAAGAAGUUGAUGCUUUACGGAAUGAUCUUGCAAAUAUGUCUCUUCAAUCAGCUUUAGAUGAUUUGGAUGAAUUGAAUCUGGAAGAUGAUCGAGAUGAUGGUGAAGCUAAUAAUACUUCUGUGGAAAAUGCAAAUCAGAAUGAAACCAAUAAGGAUGUAGCUCCAGAUUUGUUAGAUGAAGAAAGAUUUCCAGACUUUGAAGUUACUCCUUGGAUAUAAUCCAUGAAUUGUUGUUUUCAUUAUGUUAAAUUGAGUUGUUCAUGUAAUAGACUAAUAGUACUAAAUUUUAUGUUUAUUCUCGUAUUACUACUUAUUUUUAGGAUUUGAGAUUUAAUGUUUAUUAAAAUAUUA